CUGCAGUUCUCUCGACUUUUUACAACUUUAAGCUCAAAGUGUGUCCUUUAAUGACCUCACAUCCUGUUUUCCCCCACUUCCUUCUGAAUGGACCGGUUUGGGACGGUCCAUCGGCGGCGCAGCGUGGAUCUCUGUUGUUAAGGCGCACAUGUGUCACACCGCUGCACGGCUGAGCAAAGUUUGAAUGCACGACGGUUUCUCAGUAUGCGACGUGGGAUGAUUUGAGGUGGAAGAGAAGACGCAUCGUUGUUGCACCCCUGACAGAAUGAAGACGAGAGAGCCGAAGAUUAUAAACCAGGGCCUUGAGGAUGAGAUGGAGGUGUGGGGGUACCAGCCCUGUCUCUGGAAGAUGGUCCUUGUGGGCAUGGGCGCCGUGUGCUCGGGGGGUCUCCUGCUGCUGCUGCUCUACUGGCUGCCUGAGUGGGGCGUCAAGGGAACGUGCACAUACACGUCGCUGAGGGACGCACGAACGCUGCUGCUCAGGACCACGGAUGAGUUCAAACAGUGGUUUAGGGUCAGCGUUCACGUGAUGGUGGCCCCCGGGAGGAAACCCUUCGACAGCCUGGAUCUGCUGUCCACAUCUCUGCUACCAAAUGGAGACAACAGCAUCAAUUCUGUGCACGAGGAGCAUCAUGGGAAAUGUUCUCAGACACAGACUGCUCAGACCCACUACUUCACCCACCACAGCACUAAAUACUACUGGAACGAUGUGAUGCAGAACUUCGAAGUGUUUCAAGGCUUGGAGGAUUUGAAGGUGAGCUGUGCGCACAUCCACUCUGACCACAGCUCUGGACUCUCUAAAACACUGCAGGAGUACAGGAUGUUGUUUUUCGGCGAGAAUGAGAUUGCUGUGAGAGUGCCCUCUGUGUUUAAGCUGCUCAUAAAAGAGGUCUUGAAUCCUUUCUACAUCUUCCAGCUCUUCAGUGUCAUUCUGUGGAGUUUUGAGGACUACUACUAUUAUGCUACCGCCAUAGUUUUUAUGUCUUCCAUCUCAAUAGCUACCUCACUGUAUACCAUUAAAAAGCAAUAUGUGAUGCUGCGUGACAUGGUGGCAGCACACAGUGUGGUCCGUGUGUCUGUGUGCAGAGGAGAUCAAGAUAUUGAACAGGCCUUGUCAACAGAGCUUGUGCCAGGUGAUGUCAUCAUCAUUCCAGCCAAUGGGAUGAUCAUGCCCUGCGAUGCUGUGCUCAUCCAUGGAACCUGCAUUGUAAACGAGAGCAUGCUGACAGGAGAGAGUGUGCCGGUUACUAAGACCAGUCUGCCCAGUGUAGGCGAGGACGCAUCUGAUAGCUACAAUAUAGAGGAGCACAAGAGACAUACCCUGUUCUGUGGUACCCGAGUUAUCCAGACCCGCUUCUACGCAGGUGAACUUGUGAAGGCUGUGGUGGUGAGAACAGGCUUCAGCACAGAGAAAGGUCAGCUGGUGCGCUCCAUCCUCUUCCCAGACUUCAAACUCUACCGCGAUGCAUACCUGUUCCUGCUGUGUCUGGUGGGAGUGGCGGGGAUCGGCUUCAUCUACACCAUCGUACUCAGUAUCAUGCACAAGGUUCCAGCUAAAACCAUCAUCAUUGAAUCUCUGGACAUCAUCACCAUCACCGUGCCCCCCGCCUUACCAGCAGCCAUGACAGCUGGUAUCGUGUAUGCUCAGCGGCGUCUGAAGCACGUCGGCAUCUUUUGCAUCAGUCCUCAGAGGAUCAACAUAUGCGGUCAACUCAACCUGGUUUGUUUCGACAAGACUGGUACUCUGACUGAGGAUGGUUUGGACCUGUGGGGCAUUCAGAGAGCUGAA